CCGGCCACAAGCAGGUCAUUGCUCUUCUGCACUUGUGCCAAAGGUUGUCAAGUGACACUUACAACUAGCAGGUUUACACAUUUAGCCUAGGAAAACUAAGAUGAACAGUGCGUUUCGUGUCUGCGUCCUGUCCGUCCUCCUCCACGUCUCCGGGAGUGUGGAGCUGACCGGGUUGUUCGGUAGCUUCAGCUCCCCGGGCUUCCCCGAGCCCUACCCCGACAACCACCGCCUGGUGUGGAACAUCAGCGUCCCGGAGGGCCACAGAGUCAAGCUCUACUUCACGCACUUCAGCCUGGAACCCUCCCAGCACUGCGAGUACGACUACCUGCAGGUGCUGGCGGAGAGCAACGAGACGUUGCGUUUCUGCGGCGAUGGCGAGAAGGGCUCAGAGAGCGCCCCGAGCAACACUGUCAUCCUGUCAGCGAGGGAGCGUAUGUCGGUGGUCUUUAACAGCGACUACUCUAACGAGGGCCGAUUCACUGGCUUCAGAGCGUUUUACACCUCCGAAGACAUUAACGAGUGCCUCGCAACGACAGACGGCGAGGAUGUGUGUGAUCAUUUAUGCCACAAUUACAUCGGAGGAUUUUACUGUACGUGUCGGCUGGGAUUCCUUCUCCAUGACAACAAUGCGUCCUGCACUGUGCCGUGCCCUAGCCAGGUACUGACCACCCCGUCGGGGGUGCUGACCAGUCCGGGGUACCCCUCGCCCUACCCCCCCAUGAGCCAGUGUGACCACACCAUCCACCUCCCCGAGGGCCACCGCCUGCUCCUGGACUUCCCGGAGCCGUUCGACGUGGAGGCGCACCCCGAGAUCCCCUGUCCCUACGACACCCUGAAGAUCUGGACGACGGGGCAAGAGUACGGGCCCUUCUGUGGCUCGUCGGCCCCGGGGCGCAUCGACACGGGGAGCUACAGAGUGCACGUCAGCUUCAGGUCUGACCGCUCCGGGAAACACAAGGGCUGGAAGAUCAAGUACACCAGCAACACGUCGGAUUAGGGCAAGGGGAUGAGCCCAUUGGGGUUUAAUAACAUCCAUAGAUGAUGUUCUAAAGGGCUGUUCUAGCUCUUGCAGAGAGUGCCAGAAGCUCUAUUGCAAAGAGAAAGGUUUGCAUGUAUUGCAUAUACUGCAAGUGUCACAGUAGGACAGGAUUGCAACACUAUUGCCUUUGAUACAAGAACACCAGACGCCCGUGCAAUAAUAAAGUCCUGAAACUUCUCAGUUUAGUCCAAGGCCAAUUCAAAACCA